UCAUAGAAUGAGUCCUCUCUGGGUUUUAUUCAUGUUCUUUACCAUAACAGAUUCUUUGGAAAUCAUCAAAGCUGCCAGAGGCGGCUCAGUUCAAUUACCUUGUGAGCCGACCUUUGGCGAAUAUGAUGGAUUUAAUGUGAAGUGGAGUAAAAAAGGACUUCAAAAGGAAGAAUUCAUAUGUGAAUAUUUCGUAAAUUCGACAGUUCUGAGGCCCAUGCAGUGCAUGCCGUCCUUUGAACCCUCAAUGCAGGGUUUGAAUGUUAAACAUUUUAAAAGCAAUCACUCUGGAUCCUACAGCUGCAUCAUAACAGGAAUUAUACCGCCACCCAUUCGUGAGCUUAAUACAACUAUAAUAAAACUUCAUGCAGGUCUAAGCCUUGAGUUAGUGAAUACCACUGAUUCUGGUUGUGUUGAGCUGGUGUGUACAAUGGAUGCCAUAGAUCAAGAGCAAGUUGAAUUUAUCUGGAACUCGAGGGGCAAGAAUACAUCUGAACAGAAGCAAGUCACCAACAGCUCGUCCAGUGUAAGCAGCUCUCUGCGCCUGUGUGGAGCUGAGAGGAGAGAUGGAGACACCAUCACCUGCAGUGUUUCACUUCCAUCAGAUCACUUUACAUCAAACUGGACUAUUCAUCAACAGAAUGUAGGUAAAGAAGACAGCAACUGGAUGGUGAAAACAAUCUGCAUUUGCGCUUUAACUGGGGCAAUGUUGAUGAUUGCCAUGGCUGUCAUUAUUUACAAAUGUAAGAAGAGAAAGAAUUUGGACGAUGCCUCCGUAGUGUACACCAACAAGGUUUAUGAGAACUUCAAUUUUGGCACUAGGAUUCCCAUCAGAGAAAGCAGAAGAGAAAUGCAGCAUGAAGACUGUAUUUAUGAGAAUUGAAUUGGAUCAGUCCCUGAACUACACAAAUUAAAUUUUCGUCGGCUUAAAACUUCUGACACCUUCUCAGUAUCAGACUGUUCUCAUCGCUCAUUUGAUUCAUGUAUUGUAUAUUACGUCUUUGCUCAAAUAUCGCAAAUAUUGCUUUGCCACAGUGACAUUGCUUUCAGAUGAGUUUUUUGUGGGUGAAGAGAUAUUGCAUCAUAUAUAUGUUGACAAUAUUCAACCCAAUCUCCUAUAGGUUUUCCUUUUGAAGCUGGUUGUUACCUUGGAGGGCAUAUUUUAGAGCAUUUAAUGCAUCAUUCUAAGCACAUUGCAUAGUAGUCUUUCUCUUUUGUUUGUCCUUACUAAAGAGUGGCUAUAAUAUUUGUGAUGCGAGCAUGUUAAUCGUUGUGCUUCAUUAUAUAUAUAUUAGAUCAGAGGUUUGCAUAGAUAAUUUAAACAAAACAAAAAAAACACUUCAGAGAUUUUACUAAAGGUGGUUUCACAACCAGGGUAAGCUGUUUGGUUCAGGCUCAACUUUCUUGAAAUUGUAUUACUUCUGUUUUUGGUAAUAGACUAUACUGUAUCUGUUGAAAGAUAAAAGCUUGGAUAAAUGCACUUUAAAUAGGUUGAUUCUAUCAAUGUACUCAAGACUUGAUUGGCCAUCUGUUACCAGAUUGGCUAUCUGUCAUUAUUGUAGUCGAUUGGGACAUAUACCUGUAGCUGACAGGCCUCCCUUCAGACCCAGUGGCUCUUUCAGGUUAAUGAUCAUUUACAUCAACAUACAAAAUCAUCAGAACAUUAUGGACAACAAAGUAAGUUUUGGAGUGACCAUCAAAGCCCGAUCGAUCUUAAUUCAAAAGACAAUGUGUUAGCUGAACUAAAAAAGUGAGCUAAUUGAAAUAGAAUGUGAAUUUAUUUAGCCAAGGUGUAAACAUAUGACCUCAACUAUAAAUGUGAACUGAGUAGAAAUGUGAUUACAAAGUCUCUGUGUGUGUGUGUGUGUGUGUGUGUGUGUGUGUGUGUGUGUGUGUGUCUGUGUGUGUGUGUGUGUGUGUGUGUGUGUGUGUGUGUGUGUGUCUGUGUGGGAGUGAAAGAGAGAGACAGAGAGGCAGGGCUACAAUCCCUGAGAGUCCAACUCUGUUCAACAUCUACAUUAAUGAGUUAGCAGUGCAGUUGGAAUAGUCUGCAGCCCCUGGACUCACCCUUUAAAACAAAGGUCAAAUUCCUGCUUUUUUGCAGAUGGUGGUGCACCUAUCACCCUAAGAACAGGGCAACACUCACUACAAUCUCAUGACACCACACUGCAGUAAAUUUCACGCCAAAGUAGUUCAAAUACAUAUGUGAAAUAAGAACCACAUUUAUUUUUAAAUGCAUUACACACCUUUGGAGGAAACCAUCCAUCCCAGCAUCUAACAGCUCUCACUCUGCUUUCCUUCCGGUUUAUCGUAAAAAGAAGAGUACGAUGUAUGCUAUGUGUUGCAUGUUGCUACUGAAUUUGUUGCCUCACAAAUUAAAUGUACAA